AUGUAUCGCUAAUCUCGCGAUACUAACUCAGCUGACGGCUGCAGAAGAAGGAAGACAAGAACGAUUCCUGCUUUGACGGAUUAAAUCUCUACGUAUGGAGUUAAAAUGGCAACGUUGAACCCUAACCAAUAAAAUAUAACAAUAAUAUUCUCUUCCCGAGCGCACGGACGGACUCUAAAAUGGAGGCCGCCGAAGGUGUGAGUUGCGCCACGCCCACAGACGAGAUGAACGGAGCUGGCAACUUGAUGGACUUCCUGGAGGAGCCCUUCCCCGACGUGGCCACCUAUGAAGACUUCCACACCAUUGAUUGGCUGAGGGAGAAGUCAAGGGAUACUGACCGCCACCGCAAGAUCACCAGCAAGAGUAAAGAGUCCUUUUGGGAGCUGACCAAGAGCCUGCUGGAUGCGUGGUCGGGAUGGGUGGUGAUGCUGCUCAUUGGACUUCUUUCAGGUACGCUGGCCGGAGUCAUCGACCUGGCGGUGGACUGGAUGACGGACCUGAAGGAGGGUGUGUGUCUGUCCGACUUCUGGUACAGCCACGAGCAGUGCUGCUGGACAUCCAACGAGACGACUUUCGACGACCGUGACAAGUGUCCGCAGUGGCAGAAGUGGGCGGAGUUAAUGACAGGCACUUCUGAGGGAGCGGGAGCAUACGUGUUAAACUACUUGCUCUACGUCAUGUGGGCUCUUUUCUUCUCCUUCCUGGCUGUGUCGCUGGUGCGAGUGUUUGCGCCGUACGCUUGCGGCUCAGGAAUCCCGGAGAUCAAGACCAUCCUCAGUGGCUUCAUCAUCCGCGGUUACCUGGGAAAAUGGACGCUGCUCAUCAAGACGGUCACGCUGGUUCUGGCCGUGUCGUCCGGGCUCAGUCUGGGGAAGGAGGGUCCCCUGGUCCAUGUUGCGUGCUGCUGCGGGAACCUCUUCUGCAGCCUCUUUUCAAAGUACAGCAAGAACGAAGGCAAACGGCGAGAGGUGUUAUCAGCUGCAGCGGCGGCCGGCGUGUCGGUGGCUUUUGGCGCACCCAUCGGUGGGGUUCUUUUCAGCCUGGAAGAGGUCAGCUACUACUUCCCCCUCAAGACUUUAUGGCGCUCCUUCUUUGCCGCAUUGGUCGCCGCUUUCACGCUACGCUCCAUCAACCCGUUUGGCAACAGCCGCCUGGUGCUCUUCUACGUGGAGUACCACACUCCGUGGUACAUGGCCGAGCUGGUGCCCUUCAUCCUGUUAGGCGUCUUCGGCGGCCUUUGGGGGACCCUCUUCAUCCGCGCCAACAUCGCCUGGUGCCGACGAAGGAAGACCACCCAGCUGGGGAAGUUUCCGGUUCUGGAAGUCAUCGCGGUGACGGGUAUCACCGCCGUGCUGGCGUAUCCCAACCCGUACACCCGGCGCAGCACCAGCGAGCUCAUCUCCGAGCUCUUCAACGAUUGCGGAGCGCUGGAGUCAUCGCAGCUCUGCGACUACAUCAACAACCCCAACAUGAGCCGACCCGUGGACGACAUUCCCGACCGCCCGGCCGGCCCGGGUGUCUACAACGCUUUGUGGCAGCUGGCGCUCGCUCUCGUCUUUAAAAUCGUCAUCACCAUCUUCACCUUCGGCAUGAAGAUCCCGUCAGGCCUGUUCAUCCCCAGCAUGGCAGUGGGCGCCAUCGCUGGGAGAAUUGUCGGCAUCGCGGUGGAGCAGAUGGCGUACCACCACCACGACUGGAUCAUCUUCAAAAGCUGGUGCCGGCCCGGCGCCGACUGCGUCACACCUGGACUCUACGCCAUGGUGGGCGCCGCCGCCUGUCUGGGCGGCGUGACCAGGAUGACCGUCUCCUUGGUGGUCAUCAUGUUCGAGCUGACGGGCGGCCUGGAGUACAUCGUUCCGCUCAUGGCGGCCGCCGUCACCAGCAAGUGGGUGGCGGACGCCUUCGGGAAAGAGGGCAUCUACGAGUCGCACAUCCAGCUCAACGGCUACCCGUACCUGGAUGUCCGAGACGAGUUCACGCACCGCACCUUAGCCGCCGACGUGAUGCGGCCCCGUCGGAGCGACCCGCCGCUGGCCGUCCUCACGCAGGACGCCACCACUGUGGAGGACGUGGAGAUGUUGAUCAAAGACACGGAUUACAACGGCUUCCCCGUGGUUGUGUCUCGGGAUUCGGAGAGGCUCAUCGGCUUUGUGCAGCGCAGGGACCUCACGCUCGCCAUCAAAACCGCCCGUCAAAAACAAGACGGCGUGGUGAGCAGCUCGGUGGUCUACUUCACCGAGGACACGCCGCAGCUGCCGGCCAGCGCGCCGCAGCCCUUGAAGCUGCGCCGCAUCCUCAACCUGAGCCCCUUUACCGUCACCGACCACACCCCCAUGGAGACGCUAGUGGACAUAUUCCGCAAGCUAGGCCUCCGCCAGUGUCUGGUCACGCGCAGCGGGCGCCUGCUCGGCAUCAUCACCAAGAAGGACGUUCUGCGUCACAUGGCGCAAAUGAUGAACCAGGAUCCUGAGUCCAUCAUGUUCAAUUAGCCCCUCCCCCUUUGCGGACGCACCAGCCUCAAGGGUCCACCCCCGUCCGUCGCUCAACAUGGCGUGAGUGACAACAGGCUUGUACUGUGAAUGCUUGUAUCCGUCGCUUUUUUUUUUUCGUUUGUGUUUUUUUUUUUCUUUCUAAUGAAUGUUUGCGAGCUUCAGAUACGUUACCACUAGACGGCAAACACAAAUGCCACAAUUUCCGCCCGUCAUUACUUCAUUUACUGUACUGUACAGCAGUACCUUGAGAUAUGAGUAAAGCAACUUGGUUUUUUUUUUGUUUUUUUCCCAAAUAUGAGUUGCUUGGACAUUUUUCUAUUUUUGAUAUACAAGUGGUGAUAGUGAUCUAAAAGAAAAUUGGCAGAUAGUGAGAAAAAAAAGUCUUCAAGUUGUUUAAUGCCACUCCCAGUUGAAGUUUAAUGAGACGUAAUAAAACUAAAAUCAUUACAGAUGUAAUAAAACAAACACAUAACGGUUGUGAUGUUAUAGCGCUUUAAGCAACGAAGGUUUGAACACAAACAGUGCAGCAACAUAUGUAAACAGACAAUUCAACACUACUCACAAUCAUAUUUUAUUUAUUUUUUUGACAAACUAAAAUGGAUUGUGCUCACUCACAGUAGUUGUGAAACUCUUUUUCAGUUUUGUCUGCGUGACUCGGCCGAAUAAGGUGCAACGAAUGGCUAAGCUCGUAUCUUAAGGCAGCGCUGUACGAGAAAAUCCGUCACAAAUCAAACUCGUAAGUCAAGGUACCACUUUAUCUGUGCUCGUGUCUUUUUCGAAGGCUCAAAGGAAUCAUUGGUUGGGCAGACUAUUAACGGAUCAUUAUUUUAACGGAUUAUUUUAAUACUCAAAUGCAUCUAAUCACUGCAAUGUCAGCAAGUACUCUGGACAUUGGAAAACUGCACGCUUCCACUUCCGCAGGAUUUCAUUUGUCCCGUGAUUAAAAACUAAAAUGUUUGCCCAAGGUGGCAUCUUUAAUAUCCUGCCAUGUUUUUUUUUUGUUGUGAUGAAAAAAAAAAAACCCUAACAUAAAUCAGCUGCUCCCUUCUGUCACACUGAAUUCCUCAUAUGUAAAUGUUGAUCUAAAUAUUCUGUCUUGAAAUGCCAAAAUAAUUUGUCAUGUUUGUGUAUUUAUAUGAGUUCAUAGUGUUUUGUUCGAGACACCUGAAUUAAUUGUUUAUCAGACAUUUGCACUUUGGUUGGAACAUAUAAAUGCAGUCGUACAUAAUAAAAUGUUUAGCUAAUCUUGAAUAUGCUAAA